UUCGUAAAAGCAGACAUAUCCUACGCCAAAAACUUUAAGACAGAAACCAAAGGAUUUAUUUAUAUCAUAACCUUUGGUUUAAUUCAAAAUUCAAUCGAUGUAUGUGUGCAUGAAAAAGGGGAUAUAAAUAUAUUACCUAAUCAAGAGCCAGAUAUUUCACUUGAAUAUCGAAAUGGUAACUACUUAACGCGAGCAUUUAAGCAGAGGCUAAGAAAUUGUAAAUAAUUAUUCGUAGUAUUAGGCAAUUGUAUGUAGUUUUAAGAAAUUGUUGUUUAUGCAAAUCAUUCGUUGAUCUUAUGUGAUAUUUUCUUCAUUUUGAAAGCGAUAGGAAGUAAAACCGUGUAGAAAAUGAUUUUCAUUCAACGUAUUUGAUUUAAUUUUGAAAAUCCUUUCCAAUUUAUCAUCCAUUUCGGGCAUAUCAAAAGCAAGCAAACAUUUCGAUUGUAAAAAGCAUAUUCGCACUUUGAUCUACAUACAAAGAAAAGUCUACAACUUAACCCAACACAAUUUUUCAUUAACUUAAGAUUUUACGCAAGUGUAAGAAAAUUGUAAAGCAAAAAGUCUAAACUUUAUAGAAUUAAAACAAUGAAAACCCGAAGUAAUAUCAGCAAGAAAGUAAUGUAAGCUAAGACUAAGCGAAAACUUGCAUUUGCAUUCCAAAAAUUCCUCAAAGAGAAAGAUUAUGAAUAAGUAUUUUCAUCAGAAAGCUGUAAAUAGCCAGACAAGAAGCCAAGGAUUGCACAAGUUAAAAACUUUAAAAUUUGGCAGAAGUCCUGAUACAAGCGUGUAUGUAACUGAAUGUAAUCAGUUUAAUCAGUGCCAAGCUGAGAAAUGUCAAGGGGUCAUUUCAAAAUUAAACUUACUUAUAAAAUACUGUAGGAGACGAAACUAUGCCUGAUUGUUUUUAAUCAUUCCUGAGAGCUGUUUGCGUCUCACACACAGUGUUCUGUUAAUUCGUUAAAAAAGAACGUACACAUCGCAGUUAAUUAGGAUGUAUGACCAGGUGAUAUUCACAUGUGAACUCUUGCACCACAGAACUGUGGGCAGCCAAAUCGAGGAGACACGGCGCACUUGGGAGGAGCGGUGCUCUUGGUUUCCGGCUGCCCAAAGGAAUUUGGCAGCAAGGUGUUCCGAAAUUUACAAGGAGAGUCUUGAAAAGUACGGCAACGAUUACUACGAGUUCUAUGCAAAUAGGAAUCGUUUGAGGGAAGAACACAGAGUUAAUACCAAGUCUUAUAAACGUCGGGAAAGAAGAAGGUCCCACAGGCCAAUGGACCAUUUAAAAGAAUAUAGGGUGUCGCCAACUUCAAACGGAGAAUACGGAAGUGUUCGGCCAAUGCGACUCCUUCACUGGCUUUAGAAAACUGAACGCAUAAAAUUUAAAGUUUGGAAAAAUAGUAUGAUAGUAUGCCGUAUGACCUAAAAUAAAACAAACUGUAGAAAAGAAAAAUAAUAAGAUUGCAGGUAUGUUUUCAGUAACUUACAUUGGUUACUUAUAUUUUGAAAAGAUUCAAAUUUCAUUUUAAAGGAACCUUUUAAAAGUUUACCUCUCUUAAAAAAAAAAGUAGAAAAGCCACUUUUAAACUUUUCAAAGGGAAACGAAGGCCAUUUCUUAUAACACAUUCAUAAAAAAAA